AAAAAAGAUAAAAUAAAGAAUAAGUUGAAAACUAUUUCAUUCAUUCAUUUCGUUUUACAGUCAAUUUUUUUAUUUUAAUGAAUAGUUGUUUAAAAAUGCAGGAAGCUAAGAAAACAAAUAGCUGCUGAACGAUCAGCAAGCUAACAUUAAAGAAAGGAACAUUUGGGUAAAAGUACCUCGUAAACUAAUAUUCAUUGAGUUAAGACUUAUUAUAAUUAAUAAAAUAAUACUAGUGUAUUUAUUGUUAAUGAUUAUUUGUAUUUUUUAUAGACGUUUUUAAGUAAAAAAUGUUUUUAACAAAGAUAAUUCAAUUAGUCAACGAAUUUACAUUUCGGAAAAAAUCAAAAACUCUACAAAAUUCAAGAAGUAACACACCGACAGAAAUGGAAAAUGAAAUUACGGCAGAAUUAGAAAAAAACAAAUAUUUAAGCCAUCUAAGAACUAUAGAAGAACACUAUGAUGAACAUCUAAAUGAAAUACUAAGCAACGCCUUGCAUCGAGGAGAUGUAGUUUCAGCAGAUCGUUUGCUCGGUUACACUGAUGCGCUUAUGGCUACUUGCGCUACGUUUCUUGUUAUUCCGAUAAGAAAUUUAAGAGAAAUGGAAGCUAACGAAUCGCUAUGGAGUUUUAUUCUCAGAAUUCGUGCCCAAUUUGUCAUGUUCUUUUUUGGUUUUAUUGUAGUUCUUAACAUAUGGGAAAACAUCAACAUUCGAGCAAUGGUUGUCAAAAGAGUAGAUGAUUUUAUCCUAAUAUUUGUUAUUGUCAGUCAUUUAGCAACUUCCGUUCUUCCUUUUUCGUUAGCAUUGCAGGGUAAUUUUAGUGACGAAAAAGUUUCUAUAAUCCUUACGUGCAGUAUUUUAGGACUUAUUCAAAUAAUAGAUAUUAUUUUAGUUUUAUAUGCUAUGAAUACACCUAAGGUUCUUCAUAUUGAGAUGCAAAACUGGAACAAAAUUGAACUUAAAAGAUUUCGAAACAGGUUUCUUAUCAGGCCGUCAAUAAGUUUAGCUAUGAUAAUACUGGGAGCUACUUUUUGUUUUGUUCACUACAUAGUCUCAUGGGUAAUAAUUGGAAUUUUUACAUUUAUGCCAACAAUUCGCAAACUUAUAUUAUUUUACCAGAGAAGAAUUUCAAACCCCAUCAAUAAGAAGAAGGAGAUGUUUUCUUUUUAUUUUUCGAAAGGAAAUAUAUCAAAAGACAGAGUAGAGUCAAUGAGUGACGCUGCUACAGCCAUCAUUGCUAGCAUUCUUGUUCUUGAUAUUACAAUUGAGAACAUUCCAACGAAAGCAAGUAUUAAAGAAAGCGGUUUAAGCACGUCUCUUGCAGUUAUGAAAUUACAGUUUUUAACCUUUCUAGCUGCGUUUACGAUGGUUUCUUUACUUUGGUACACCAAUCAUACAGUUCUACAUUUGUUUAAAACAGUCACAACAUUAAUGUUGCAUCUCCAAAAAAUAUUCUUAGCUUUUUCUUGUCUUUGCCCGUUGGCGGGUAAUAUUAUUUUUAAAUUUUAUCAUCUUGAAAACAAAGACUCCAGGCACAGCGUUCUAUUUUUAUCAAUUGUUAUCUGCUGGUCUAGUUCAGCUAACUUAUUAAUAUUACUAUAUGGUUUAUUAAGUGGAAAAAAAUAUUUACAUUGCUGGGCAGCCUUUGGUAGUUUUAGGGAAAAUGCGCAUCAACACUUGUACGUAAUCAUCAAGGCAUCUAACUUGCCAUUUUGGUCACUCUUUUCACUAAUCGGCAGUUUCGGUUCUCCAAAAGCUGCAAACUUUGUUUUAUAUACAUGCACAAUUGCUGCAUUAGCUUCGUUUUUUAUUUUAAAAUUUAUUUUGAACAAAGUUAAUAAAAGAAAUGAUGGCAAUCAACAACCUGAAUUGCACUUUAAUGAUAUCGAAGUAAAAGAAAAUAGUACACCAAAAGUUAUUGGAGCCAAUAUUUUAUCUAAUUCACUUUCAAUCAAUAAGAUUUCGACUAUGUAAAGUAAAAGGUCAAAUUAAAUUACUGAAUUAAUAUGAUUCAAAAAAAAAACAUUUUUUUUUUAUUACA